AUGAUGUCGACCGAUUCUCCCACGUUAAAGCACUUGACCAAACCUCCGGGAACCACAACACCCUACGUGAUCUCAUCUCAAGAAGGAGAGAUUCUGCACGUCCCCCUCACCAAAUCCGCCACCAGACUCCUCGUCACAGGUCUGGAGACGGAAGAUAGUUAUGGACUCGUGGGCUGGUGUGGAAGCCAGAGCGAUCCCAUCGGAUUCCAUUAUCACAAGCACACCCAUGAGGUAUUGCUUUGUCUCAAAGGUAGCGUGAACGUCUGGAUAGAUGAUGAGUUUCGGACCAUGGCUCCGGGAGAUUUUGCUGAUAUUCCACCGAACACCAUUCAUCGAUAUCAAAUUCUGGGAAACCACAGCGAGAUGAUCGGCUUGACUGUUCCCGGCGGUUUGGAGGACUUCUUCCGGGUCAUCGGGGAGCCAUACAAUGGUCCAUUGUGGCCGAUGAAUGACCAAAGGAAUGUCUUCGAGUUCCUGGUGCCCGAGCUAAAGGCUGCCGCCGAACACUUCGACAUCAUCCCUCUACCACAUCACAAACCAUCAGUAACUUGGCCCUGGGAGAAUUCAGGCAGUAUUUCGCCAGGCAAAAAGGAGUCCUACUUCCUCCAAUGCGGAUCUGGUCCCGCGUGGCUCGCCGGUGGCACACUCGUCCGGCCUUUAAUCACCACCGCGGAAAGUGACGGGAACUUCGCAAUUGCCAGUAUUGAAGGCUCCUCACACCACGCGCCUUCCGAUCUCCUAGCUGCACCCCAGCGCAUCUCCUUUCCCAAAACGCAUCAUGCGUUCCUGAUCAGUGAGGGAAGAGUCGAGUUUUCUCUGGAAGAGUCGUCAUAUACACUCCUGCAUGCGGGUGACAUCAUCUAUGUGCCACGAGGCACGGUAUUCAGAUACCAGAUCCGUUCGCGGUAUGCGAAAAUGUAUGUGUUUGCGAGCGGGAAGGGGAUUGUAGAGCUGUUGAUUGGCGUCGGGGAAGAAUGUUACAGUCCAAUACUGCCGGAAACGGCCGAGAAGCGUAUUGAUCCCGCGAUGCUGAGCAAAGUGGCCAGAAAUUGA